GUUUCUAAGCAGCGGCCUUUCGCCUCGGAUACGCGACACAGACCUUCCCCACUUGCAUCUCGCGCUGCGGGCGGCCCCUCCUUCCAGGUCAGGAAACUUCGCGCCUGCGACUCUCCGACUCGGUGACGAUUCGGGCCCAGUUGGACCCCAAAACGUCAGAACUUCGGUUUUGGUCUGGGUGGAAGUGAGGGGCCGGCCCCCAACACGUCAGAACUCCGUCUCGGUAAAAGCGAAGGGCCGGACCCAACACGUCAGGACUUCGGUUUGGGUCUCGGUAAAAGUGAGGGGCCGGGCCCAACACGUCAGGACUUGGGUUUCGGUCCCGGUAAAAGCGAGGGGCCGGCUGAGCAUGCGCUCCAAGGUCUCGGGUAGCUCUGCCCGCCUCGCCGCCACGCCCCCAGCCCCGGCGCCGCUGGGAGCCGCAGCUCCCUGAGCCCGCCUUCUCUCCGGGCCGGCACCGCCCGGGCGUCAUGCUGUGCGCCACUAGCCGCCUCCUAGCGGCCCGGGCGGCGAGCGCCCUCCCCGCCCACCCCAGAGGCCGGGGCCCGGCGCCGCGGAGCCGGCGCAGGGAACUACAUUUCCCAGGGCACCCCGAGCUGCCCCCUGGUGACUUAUUGGCGGGGCGCUUUGCGGGACCCAGCGUGUCUACGGGCCGGAGGGCCAUCCUAAGGAGGGGAAGAAUGCCGCCGGCCGCGGGCGGAGGCCUGGCGGGAUCCGAACUGCGCCCCCGGAGGGGCCGAUGCGGGUCCCAGGCGGCUCGGGCCGCGGGCCGGGACGUGGCCACGGAGACGGCUACAGCGCGGAGCCCCAAACGGCCUGCUCCUCCGAGCUCGCGGCGCUUCGAGGCGGCCGGCCGGUGGGCCCUCCUGGCCCUGGUGACGCUGACGUCCUUCGCCACCCGCUUCCACCGCCUGGACCAGCCGCCGCACAUCUGUUGGGAUGAGACUCACUUUGGAAAAAUGGGAAGUUACUAUAUCAACCGCACCUUCUUCUUUGAUGUGCACCCACCUCUGGGAAAGAUGCUGAUUGGUCUGGCUGGCUACCUGAGCGGGUACGAUGGCACCUUUUUGUUCCAGAAGCCUGGGGACAACUAUGAGCAUCACAGCUACAUGGGAAUGAGAGGAUUCUGUGCAUUCCUUGGCUCCAUGCUCAUCCCCUUGGCCUACCUCACUGUGCUGGAGCUGUCCCGGUCUCUCCCAGCAGCGCUGCUCACGGCUGCCCUCCUCACCUUCGACACAGGAUGCCUCACUCUGUCCCAGUACAUCCUCCUUGACCCCAUCUUGAUGUUCUUCAUCAUGGCUGCCAUGCUGAGCAUGGUCAAGUACAACUCCUGUGCCAACAGGCCCUUCUCUGCCCCCUGGUGGUUCUGGCUCAGCCUGACUGGCGUUAAUCUGGCUGGCGCUCUGGGAGUCAAGUUUGUUGGCCUCUUUAUCAUCCUGCAAGUGGGGUGGAACACCCUUUCAGACCUUUGGCACCUGUUCGGAGACCUCAGUCUUUCAAUGGUGACCUUGGGAAAACACCUGACUGCUCGCAUCCUGUGCCUCAUAGUGCUGCCACUGGCUCUCUACAUUGCCACCUACGCUGUCCACUUCAUGGUGCUGAACAAAAGCGGUCCCGGUGAUGGCUUCUUCAGUUCUGCCUUCCAGGCCCGGCUUUCAGGAAACAACCUUCACAACGCAUCCAUCCCUGAACACCUGGCCUACGGCUCCGUGAUCACUGUGAAGAACCUGCGGAUGGCCAUCGGCUACCUCCACUCGCACAGGCACUUCUACCCCGAGGGCGUGGGCGCCCGCCAGCAGCAGGUCACCACCUAUUUGCACAAGGACUACAACAACCUGUGGAUUAUCAAGAAGCAUAAUUCGAACUCAGCAGAUCCCCUAGACCCUUCACACCCAGUGGAGUUUGUGAGACAUGGAGACAUCAUUCGACUAGAACACAAAGAGACUUCUCGGAACUUGCACAGUCACUAUCACGAGGCCCCCUUGACCCGGAAGCACUAUCAGGUCACUGGCUAUGGCAUAAAUGGGUCAGGGGACUCGAAUGACUUCUGGCGGAUUGAGGUUAUAAACAGAAAAUUUGGAAACCGAAUCAAAGUGCUGAGAAGUCGAAUUCGCCUCAUCCAUUUGGUCACAGGUUGUGUCCUGGGCUCCUCGGGAAAGGUCCUGCCCAAGUGGGGCUGGGAGCAGUUGGAAGUCACAUGCACACCAUACCUAAAGGAAACCCUCAGCUCCAUCUGGAAUGUGGAGGACCAUAUCAAUCCCAAAUUGCCGAACAUCAGCCUGGAGGUGCUGCAGCCCAGUUUCCCUGAGAUAAUGCUGGAGUCCCACUUGGUGAUGAUCCGGAGCUCUGUCUGGACCAGCUUUUUCCUUACCACUUUCCUGCAGGGGAACAAUGGUCUCAAGCCCAAGGACAACGAGUUCACGUCCAAACCCUGGCACUGGCCUAUCAACUUUCAGGGCCUGCGCUUCUCAGGGGUCAAUGACACUGACUUCCGAGUGUAUCUGCUGGGUAACCCGGUGAUCUGGUGGCUGAACCUGCUGAGCAUCGCCCUCUACAUCCUCUCAGCGAGCAUCUUUGCUGUGGCUGUGCAGAGGGGCGCGCAUCUGCCUGUCAAGGUUGAAGGGCUGUCCCAGGUCCUGCUGCGAGGAGGUGGGCAGCUCCUGUUCGGCUGGAUGAUGCAUUACUUCCCCUUCUUCCUGAUGGGCCGGGUCCUCUACUUCCACCACUACUUCCCCGCCAUGCUCUUCUCCAGCAUGCUCACAGGCCUUCUGUGGGAUACCCUCCUGCGGCUCUGUGCCUGGAGCCUGGCCUCCUAUCCGCUGGCCAGAUGCAUGCACGUGCUGGGCAUCCUGACCCUGCUCCUGGGAACUGCCUACAGCUUCUACCUCUUCCACCCUCUGGCUUACGGGAUGGUAGGUCCCCUGGCCCAGGACCCCCGAAGUCCGAUGGCCGGGCUCAGGUGGCUGGAAUCGUGGGACUUUUGAGGCCACUGCAAGGACUCCAGCCUGAGACCAGGACCUUCGUGGGGACGGCCAGCUGUGGAGCUAGUCCCCGGACCCUCCCAGCCAUGGAGGAAGCAGCCCGAGGAGCCUGUGGACUUCCACUGCCUGCCGGCACCCCACCCCGUGAGCGCAACCCACUGGGGAGCAUCGCGGCCCUACUCCUCACAGAGACUCCUCCACUGGGUCUGCUCAGCCACAGACGACUUCCCUCUCAGGCCCAUCCCCUGUGAGCGGCGUGAGGAAGGAUGAGUGUGGAGAGUGUGGGGGUGAGUGUGAGCGUGCGUGUGUCCGUGUGCCUGUGCAGUGUAGACCGUGACUGUGGACAGUGGAGCGUCAUAAACUCUAAGAAAUUGUCCAGGG